CUUCGGGCAUACCUCAUAGACGCGAACAAAGCUUCGAAUCAUCUCUUGGAACUAACGAAGUCGCAUGUCGCGAUGGACGUCGAUUCAUUGAGUGACCCUGGACCGCCUGCGAGCCUACCUCGGCACAAAAGCAGAGCUGAUAACGAUAGAAGGGCUGUAGUACGACAAUACGCAUACAGAGCUCUUGGUGUCACGCCACAGAGCAAGGUUCAAGACUGGCCAAGGCCUACGCCUACCGACUUGCAAGCAAUUCAAGCAAAGCCUCCUCCUGCAUCAUCCACCAUCCCAGGCCUCACUAUAGCUACCACCGAGGAGCCAAAUCAGUCAAGGGCUGGUUUCUGCAUCGAUUGGAACACACCCCUGAACGAAACUAGAUCUGAAUGGACGGUACGCGCUUGCGAUCAGUUUGCCGGCUGGUUCCUCGAGCAAAUCGAGGUGGACGGAGUGAAUGUGGCGCUUCCUGUUGGCCCGAAUGGGGGAGAGGAGCAAGAGCGGCGUCGAUCUCAAAUCGCCGAAGAUUUUUUGGUCUUCAUUGUGGGCAAGAAGGGUGAAUGGAAGAAGACCAGUAACGAGAAGUUGCUUCAUGACCGCGACUCGCGCCGUACCAGUCGUAAAUUGAGCAAGACGCGAAUUAACGAUCUACGAGCUAUACAAAAAGCAGGAAUAUGCUCCGACGCGAUCGAAAAG